AUGAGGCCAGUGGUGUUUACAAGAAUUCCUCCAGCUGUGCGAGCUCCGCUCUUUCGGCCCAGAGCUGGCUUUCAGCCAUCUGGCCGGGGGUGGGGACUAACUCCACGCUUGUCUAACAGCAUACGAUCUUCCUCCUCGAUUCAGUCAGGGCACAUCAAACUUGCUGAAGACGAAGGCAUAAUUUAUGUAAACAACAUCUUCCCGCAUAGAGUCCAAUGGCUAUUGCGGGGACCCUUCAGCCAUAUCCAACCACUCGAAGGAAUUCUGAAACGGAUUAACCACCCCGAUCUGGCUGCAGCAGAUCCUACACAGAUAGUGAAACGUGCAAUUCCGCAGUCCCUAGAUUUGGAAAUCAAGGAAGUCAUCACACGAUACAAAGAAGGGGGCGCUUUCGUCAAGUAUGCGCGCAAGCCUGGCAUCAAAGAUGAGGAAAUACAAGAAGCAAUCAAAGAACACCUUGCCAAGUCUCCCAUCCGUCCCUGGUUUAAUCCAUUUCAGAGGGUAGAUGCGGACUUGGUUCAAGGACGACCAUGGAUUGAAGAUCUAUAUCGAGUUCCCAGCGCAUCCUUGAGAGUCGAAUUUCUCCCGAGCGCAAGCGAAGCACCAGCAACGGAGCUAACACAGGAAGCACUAUACAGCCUGUUCCGUCCGUAUGGAAAGUUGUUGGAUAUUCACCCGCAGCCCUCAGACUCGAAACUUGAGCCCCGGUAUGCUACACUACGCUUCAGUCGACCGAGGUUCGCGGUAAUGGCAAGGAAUUGCUUGCAUGGCUAUAGCGCCUCGGAGGAAGAGGGUGGGGGAAAGUCCAGUACAAAGUUCAAGAUCAACUACGAGCGCAGGAUCAAGCUAUCUAUGAUCAAGGACUGGAUCUACAACCACCCCCGAAUUGUGAUUCCUGCUCUAGCAGCUUUGAUUGCGGCCAUCACGGUCAUCGUCUUCGACCCUGUUCGAACUUUUUUCAUUAAAAUGAAAAUUAAAGCCUCGGCUCACGCUGAGGAAAAUGCUGUUCUGCUGUGGAUUCGCCGACAGGCCAGCAAAGCCAAUAUCACCUACUUCGGAAAGCGCAAGACGGACCCGCGGGGCCUCACGGCCAUUUGGGAAGACCGACAGAAAGAUAUCACUCAACUAGAAGCCUGGCUGACUGAUACAGCGGAAACUUUCAUUGUUGUCCAUGGACCACGAGGUUCGGGGAAACGAGAGCUGGUUCUGGAUCAGGCUUUGAAGAAUCAUAAAUACAAGGUUGUCAUCGACUGCAAACAAAUCCAAGACGCUCGAGGGGAUACUGCCAAGAUUUCUCGUGCCGCGUCUCAAGUUGGCUAUCGGCCUAUCUUUUCCUGGAUGAACAGCAUUAGUAGCUUCAUCGACCUGGCUGCACAAGGAAUGAUCGGUACCAAGGCUGGCUUCUCGGAGACAUUGGAUGCCCAGUUGAGCAAGAUCUGGCAGAACACAGCGGUGGCUAUGAAGCAAGUCGCUCUUGAGGGUCGACGAAAGGAUGACAAGGACGCUACUAUAGGUGAGGAUGAGUAUCUUCAAACUCAUCCAGAGAAACGGCCUGUUGUCGUCAUUGACAACUUCCUCUAUGAUGCAGAGGACAGUGUUGUUCUUGACAAGCUUACCGAGUGGGCGGCUGGAUUAACCACUGCGAAUAUUGCUCAUGUCAUCUUCUUGACUACGGAUUCUUCGUUUGCGAAGCCCCUGAGCAAGGCACUUCCUAACCAGGUCUACCGUACAGUUAGCUUGGGUGACUGCUCACCUGAAGUGGGCCGUCGCUUUGUGUUGAGUCACCUGAAUACUGAGGGCUCAGAUGACAAAAACGAGGAAAAGGCAGAACGAGUGAACAACCUUGCCGGCUUGGAUGACUGCAUUAGAGUUCUGGGUGGUCGUGUGACUGAUCUCGAAUUCAUGGCCCAUCGUAUCGAGGUUGGAGAAUCUCCCCAAGCUGCUGUGGAUCGCAUCAUUGAACAGUCAGCCUCUGAAAUCUUGAAGAUCUUCAUUCUUGGUACAGACACGUCUACAGUCGCCCCCCAAUGGAGCCGUGAACAAGCAUGGCACAUUAUCAAAUCUCUAGCGCAGUCCAAUGACGGCUCCCUGCUCUAUAAUAAGGUUAUCGUCUCAGACCUGUUCAAAGACAAUGGUGAAGCGACUCUUCGAGCUUUGGAACAGGCAGAACUCAUUUCUGUCGGAUCUGUCAAGGGAUUCCCACGAUGGAUCAAGCCUGGAAAGCCUGUUUAUCAUGCCGCAUUCCAACGUCUUAGCGAGAACAAGACAUUGGAAGGCCGCCUUGACCUACUGAUUCUUGGUCAACUCAUCAGCAGCGAGAACAAGGGCAUUAGCAAAUACGAGGAAGAGCUGCAAUUGCUUGGGUCGCUGCCGAAACAUCCCUGGGAGCUCAACUCGCGCAUACAGUGGCUUUUGGAAAAGAUCCAGGGCUCACAGGCGAAGGUACUCAAGUACGAGCGGGAUAGUGCUAUCUUGCAGAAGAUGCUGCAGAGCGAGAAGUAG